AUGAGUGCCCAGAUCCACCAGGAUUAUUCCGCCGAGGUGGAGGCUGCACUCCAGCGCCUGGUAAACCUGCAUCUGCAGGCCUCCUAUACCUACUGUGCUCUGUGCUUUUUUUUUGAAGGUAACGAUGUAGCUCUGAAGGGCGCGGGCCACUUCUUCCAGGAGUUGUCUGAGGAGAAGCAUGAGGGUGCGCCGCGCUUCUUGAAGAUGCAAAACCAGUGGAGUGGCUGCCCCCUCCACCAGGAUGAGCAGAAUCUGUCCGAAGAUAAGUGGCUUAGCAGCGUGGAUGCUAUGGAAGCCGUGAUGGCCUUGGAGAAGAACUUGAACCAGGCCCUUCUGGAUCUGCAUGCCCUGGGUUCUGCCAACACAGAUCCUCGUCUCUGUGACUUUCUGGAGAGCCAUUUCCUGGAAGAGGUGAUGAAACUCAUCAAGAAGAUGGGUGACCAUCUGACCAACCUCUGCAGGCUGGCUGGCCCGCAGGCCGCGCUGAGCGAGUAGCUCUUCGAAAGGCUCACCCUGAAGCCUGACUAGGAGACUCCGGUGCCCAGCAGCCUUUGAGGAACCCAUCUGCCUUCCCCUGGUGUCGGAAUUUCUGCUGGAGCCUCUUUCUCCACCCAGGAGGCAACUUUUUAACCACGAUGAAACCCUUGUCCAAGCUGUGAGAUCAAAUGGAAACAAAAAAGGUCCUUUUUGCAGAAGGGUGAAAAAAAGCUAGGCUGCGGGGUGGCAGGGGGGGUAAAUAUACAGAAUACGAUGAAGGAUUUGUAGUAUGUUUAAUUCCGUAGAUUUUCUUAAGACAUUGUUCAUAACUUUUGUGAAUUGCCUGUGUACACUGAGGAUCCGAUACACUAUGUUUUCUCUGUCAAGAAAAAUGAACUUACCUAUUCAUGAAACGCAUACAAUUUUAGAGGUUUUAGAAUUUCUCUGAAGCCAUUCUUGGUACUGGACUAAAUUCUGUUGUUUUAAAAUUUAUCCUUUGGUUUUGCCUAGCAGAGGAGAGAGCUGAGUACCUUGACCAUAUCAUAUUGUGCCCACCCCCAACCCUCAAACUCAUGAUAAAAUCAAUUUUCCUGGUUUUUAAGUUCCUGUGAUGCCAUCUGCUAUAUUGAAUAUAAUAAGAAAAAGCCCUGUGAAAUUCAUCUUUGUGUCUCCAAUUAGGUUGCUACUGAGAACACUGAUUAUUAUAUCAUACACUGACCUCUUUAUGAAGCCUCUCAAGAGAAAUUUCUUUCUGGUCUUAGUAUUAGGAAUAAGAGUUCUUCACUUGGGUAAUUGGUUUGUUUUUGUUUUAUGGACACUGUAAAUGAUGUAACUAAUUAAAUUUCCUUUUCUGACUGCCUGUGAGAAAACUUAGAGCCAAAUUUGUGGUCCACCCAGACUUAAAGGAGUAGGAUUGUAUAAGCAUUUUUACACAAGCUUCAUCUCUGAUUCUGCUGUUACUAAUUUCUUGGUGUAUGUUAUGGAUCCUUUUAAGCCACCUUAAGCCCUUUCUAGAACAAGGUUGUGUAUAAAUAGAUAAAUAAACUUUAAA